AUGGAGACCCAGGAUAGUAUCGAUAUCGUAAAACUGCAACGCGUCGCGCUGGGACUAGACUCGGCACAUUCCCAACCUUCUUCGAAGACGUCCGAUCUGGUCCAGCACUCUCUCCCUGACUACCGUGAACUUGGAUCUCCACGAAAUUUGAACGACCCUGUGUCGUUGGCUAACCGGCAGCCUGCGCUUCACAAAUCUCCGUCGCAUCGAUCGGAGAGAUUCCACCGGUCGUCCCCCCAAGAGCUGCAGCAUGCUACAUCAUUGACAAUUGAUAAUCGACGGUCCCUUGAACAAGAAGAUCCGACCCGUGUACUCUUGCAACGACCGAUGGAAAUGAGCUCCGCGGAGAUGGUGCCUUCGGACACCCAAGUUAUUUCCCAAUCGGUUUACGACGAUAUUAUCAGACGGAAUAAAGAGGCUGCCAAUAAUGAGAUAGACAAUAACCUGGCGGAUCGGGCAACGCUCGCAACACUCUAUGAGGGCGAUAGUGGUCAUAUAGAUCUGCUCGCUGGGUUUGAUAGCACAAACAUUAAUUCGAACAACGUUGAUGAUACUGAGGACCAGAGCAGCUUCAAGUUGGGUGAAUCGUCCCCCGUGAACUAUCAGCCAAAUCUAUUUCCUGAAUCUCAGCGCUUUAUCGUCAAAACUCCUGCCACAGUCCUGAAGCAAGGCCAUGUCGAAGACCCUGGCACAGGGACCCCUUCUAUCUCCCGGAAUCCACUUGCUUCCGACCUUGGAUCUAGUGGUGGUAUCAUGGCUUUAAGUCAGGUAUUCAAAGCGACUCAGGCCCCAUCCUCACCACUGGUCCGUGACCAGCACUCCGACCCAAUGUCGGAUCGGCCUUCCCCCAAUAUUCCGGUCCAGAAUCGUCCACUUGCCACGGCUGUCUCAUCCCCGUUGAACCAUCUUGCAGCAACUUUCCCGCAGGACUCUUCGGAGCCGCAGUUGAACUAUGUCACGAUGAAAGAAUCUCAGGCAGAACGUGACAGGAUACUACGUGAGAGGCUGACGCGUUCUGCAGAGCAUGUAUACUCUGAAGAUCAUAGCGAUGGCGAGUUCGACAAGGAGCCUAGCUUUGUAGAGCGUAUGGCUCGUCGACGAAUGAUCGACGACGAGGCUAUGGCGCAGUUUGCUGGUUUAACUGCCCCUGCGAGAUCUCCAAAGCGUCGGGGAAGAUUGGCAGACAAAAAGUUGGAAUGCCGGAGUAUCGUUGAGCAAUCUAGAGUUGAUGUUAAAAAAGAUGCCCAGCAGGAGCAUACCUCCGCACUGCAAACUGAAGGUACUAGUGAGGAAGAGACGGAACAAGAGCAAGAAUACUAUUCCCCUGCACCGCGGUCUCAGGAGCUGAAGCCCCCGACCGAGGAGGAUAAGGAAAAUUGCAGUGAUCCAUCAACCCCUCUUGUGGCUGCGACUAAUGCACAUGGUCGUCUUUCUCAGGUCCUUUCUUUGGAUGACUCCCAGCCGCAACCACGCGGCCAAAGUCGGGACGAGCAAGCAGAUGGGAUUGGUGGGUCAUCGCAGAUAUUGAUUGUCAAAGAUUCCCAGCGAUCUCCCAGUGGCAAUCAUGAUCAAAACAUCGAGUAUAAUAAUCCAGAACAAUGGGCCCAGCAUCAUGCACGUCGUUCCAACUCGCAAAUACGACCCCCUUUUGAUCUAACAAAUAUAACAUCCUCGCCUACUAAACAAAUACGAAUUCAAUCGUCUCCUCCAUCGGCAUCUCAACGCAGCCGAGUUUCGUUCCAUCUUGGUGAUCGCGCGGCUCGAGGAAGAUCAAACUCAAGCAGUUCUCACAGCUCUUCGGAUCAUCUUACGAGGAACUCUUCGGUUCCGGAUGGCAGCAUAACGCAGCACAGCCACCUAAUCGACUCGAAUUGUGCGGAGGGAUAUGACAAGACAGCAAAGUCCGACCCUCGAGCGAAAUCAUCAUCGAUGCCUUCUCUUGUCGCUGAAACACCCGUUCAAAGACCAAGAAUCGUCGCGGAUGAGCUUCCAGUAACAAGUAUACCUGAGACAAGUCCCAACCGAUUCCAGAAUGAAUUAAUGGACCAAGAAGAUGAUGACUUGCCUCCCCUUCACCAAAUCGUACAUGAACGAGCCUCUCAUUCUCAGCCAGUUAAUUCAAACAUCUCAACUCCUGUGAAACCCUUCCGUACUUCUAAAAUAUUAUCAAGCCCAAGCGGCAGGCAGCGCAGGGCACUCACUGAGAUUGCUUCUGAUGCUUCACCUCAAGUUGGACUCGGCUCGUUUGACAUGGACAUUAACGUUCUUACAGCCGAUGAUCAGGAAUUCAGGUCCGCGGUUGCAAUGUCUCCAAUACCACCAAGAAAGAAACGACGGGGGAAUGAUGGACAAAAUAUAUGUGCAUCGGAUCCCGUGUUGCCAAUUACGCCUCGCCCGAUUUCCUAUCUUUCCCGUUUUCAGCAAAAUGAAAGAGCCGAUGUAGAAGAAACGCAGUCGUCUGAAUCUAUGGCGGCGCCAGAGUGUGUUUUCGAGAAGCGAUCGAACCCUUCCCGGCGAAUUGACACAUUUUGGGAAGUGGACGAGUCUCCUCAGGUCUAUAUACCACGAAAAGAAAGGUUGGGACUUCUCAAUCGCUCUCGUUCUAUAGGGAAGAAGCCUGAAAACUCCCAACCACCAAUGAAUAGUUCGGAUGUACAGCCUGAGGUUGGCCAUGAUCACCAAAGAGCUACCUCUGAUCCCGUGGAGCAACCAAAUGAAGACGCCCAUGGAAAAUCAGGUGAUAACGUCCCAAAAGAGUCAGACAGGAUAAGCACCCCAUCUGUUGAAAACGUUCCAAUUGCUGUCAAUCAGGUUUUUGCCCCCUGGAGUGGAGCGAAACGGGCGUAUUAUCCGGCGACUUGUUUUGGAAAGCCAUUCGGAACCUCGAAUACUAGGUACCUUGUUAAAUUCGAAGACGCUGCUCCUAUUGAGGUGCCUAUGAGCGCUGUAAAAAGACUAGAAUUGAGGAUUGGCGAUGCUGUCAAGGUGGAUGUGCCUAAUGUCCCAAAGGUUACGCACAUCAUCCGGGGAUUUUCCGACAAACUCAGCGCGGAUGACCUGUCAAGGGAAGUCUCUAGCGGAACUAUGCGAAUGAUAGAUAUUUAUGGACAUGCAACCGUCAUCUUGGGACCAAAACAGCGCAAGAGUCUUCCGAGUGGGACACUAACAGGUCCUGAGAGUGUUGUCAGGGUUCCCAUCUCUCGGGUUUAUCUGGACACUAUUUUGUGGAACCAACUGAAAGACAGAACAUAUACCUACAGCUCUGGGCUAGGUCACACAGAGAGUCGGCUCCAGACACCUUCGGACAGACACCUAACACCGAUGUCACCAAGCACGCGGCUGUCCCGCAGCAUUCGCUACUCAAAUGGUGUCUUUUCUGGGAUGGUAUUUGCAGUAUCUUAUGGCGAUAAUAACGGUACCAAAUCACGCAUAAUGCGGAUGAUCUUGGACAAUGGUGGACACAUUUUGAAUGAUGGCUUCAACGAACUGUUCGAUCUACCCUCAAACGCUCCUCUUGCCACCACCUCCAAAUCCCCAGCACCAAUCGUGAACGAGCGCCAGAGCCUUUUGCGUCUUACGAGGGGUGCCGAAGACAUCGGAUUUGCAUGCCUAAUAGCCGAUAGGCAUUCUCGCCGUCCAAAGUAUAUGCAAGCUCUUGCUCUCAACCUUCCAUGUCUUUCAGACCGCUGGAUAGAGGAUUGCGUGGCUCAGGGUAAGGUUGUCGACUGGGAUAUGUACCUGCUUCCAGCAGGCGAAUCGUCCUACCUUAAUGGAGCUACAAAGUCAAGAACGCUUACAUCUUACCCUGCCUUGAUGGCUCGGUUCCCCGACACGAUAGCUGCGCGGCCGAACCUGCUGGAUGGGCAGUCAGUUCUUAUUGUUAUGGGCCGCAGUAAAGCUGACGAGGAACGAAGACGAGCGUACCUCUUCCUGACCUAUGCCCUGGGCGCGUCCAGGGUUGAACGUAUACCUGAUCUCAAAUCUGCUCGGGCCGUUCUUGAUCAGCAAGGAGAAGCUUCAAACAAGUGCGAAUGGGAUUGGAUCUACGUCGACAAUGAUGAAAAGGCGUCUGCGAUUGCGACGAUCCUCGGGUCCACUAUGGCCCGUUCCCACAAGGCCCAAUCUUCCCAGAAAUCCAAGAAACGCAAAAGAUCUGAGCUAACUGAGUCGAUCAGUGAUAGUGAUCUCGGCCUGGGCACCCAUGUCCGGAUCGUGGGCAAUGAGUUUGUCUGUCAGAGCUUAAUUCUGGGGAAGCUUUUCGAUCAAUAA